AAAAUACCAUAAAAUUUUAGUCAAUACAAAAACUGUUUACUGCUUUUUACGGUUAGAUAAAUACGUAGCUUAAUUUAUUAUUAUAUACGUAGAUAAUUCCGAAAAUUCAGUAAUAAAUAUAUAUAACUAUUUUUUUUUUCUUCUCCUAAACCAGGGCAAGGCAAAGCGCGACCAAUCAUUGGAACACCUCAGAGAGCACAUUCAUAAGUUCUACGUGCCUCUUGGCCGCCAGUUUAUGGUGCUAUUUCCCGAAGGAGGAUUUUUGCAUAAGAGAAGAGAAGUUAGUCAAAGGUUUGCUGAGAAGAAUAAUCUUCCCAAACUAGAGUACGUGUCGCUCCCUAGAGUCGGGGCUUUGAAGGUCAUUAUGGAGGAAAUUGGUCCCCAAAGGAGCUCAGUCGCUGGUUCAUCGAAAGAAACAGCAAAUAAAGACCGCAAUUUCAACCAAAGCAUCGACAAUAAGAUCAUCGACUACAAAAUCGGUGAUAGCGUGGAGUGGAUCCUGGAUGUUACCAUUGCCUAUUCUGAAAGGAUUCCACUGCACUUGCAAGACGUGGUGUGCGGCAUCAGACCACCUUGCACCACGCACUUACACUAUAGACUGUAUCCUAGUAGUGAGGUACCUGUAGAUUCUGAGGGCAUGACCAAUUGGCUCUACGACAGGUUCAUAGAGAAAGACAAGAUGCUCGAAGAGUUUUACCGCACUGGGAAGUUCCCCGCUGGGUCCACUACUAAUGUCACUCGACGAGUGAGGCAGGAUAAUCUCCGGUAUCUGAUACUGCACAUGUUCUUCAUGGCAUCGACCUUUGUACAGUAUCAGAUGUUUACCUCCCUCUUAAGUUACUUCUGGUAGCGGCUGUUCAAAUUCUGUUGUAAUAUCAAUUUUAGGGUCAAUUUGAUCCAUUACUUGAGGUAUGCUUAAAUUUUGAAAUUCGAUGCUGGUAGUGAAUUCAUUUUAUUUUUAUAUUGUUUGUGUGUGUUUUAAUUUUAGCGAUAUCUUUAGAUAGUUCGAAAAUUUUUUGAAAAUUUUUCAAGACCAACCGACUUGAAAAUACACAUAUUUUUUGUAAAUUGCAAGUACCUUUCUAAAAAUAGAUUGUUUGGAAAAUAGGAUAUUAUUUCCUAUUGCAUUUCAUUAUAUAGGCAUGACUAUGGAAAUUCCAAAACUUAACAAAAUCUAGAUAAUACGAUAUCCGAUAUUUGUCAUAAUCGUAUUUUUUUUAUUUAGUUAAUUGUCUAAUACACCUAGUAGUAGAUGAUUUGCACAUUCAAGAAGAAGUGCGUGGUGAAGUACAUUUUUUUUAUUAUUUACUUUUAUUUUUAGCAUUAGUAAUUUACGUUACCUCGUGUUGACAUAUCGAGUGUUAUCGAUAGUGUGCUAUGGUUUUUUAUUUUUGUGAUUAAUGGCACAUUUUUACUGUGAGAGUUUGCAAAGAUUCCACACGAUCAGUUGGUCAUUAUUAGGUUGUUUGAUUUGACGAGCGCUUCAAUUGCACCGUGUGAGGCUUGGAUUUAAUUAAAUUGAUUUCAUAAUUAUUUUUUGCAGUUUAUUCUAAAUCGUGCUGCCCGUAAGCCCGUACUCAUGAUCAUAGCGAGAUCUAAUACUAAACUAAAGGAUAGUUAUUUUAGACCGUGCUGGGUAUAAUCCAUGCCCCAUACGUGGCACAGCUUCAUAUGUUAAGUGAUUUUUAUUUCAACUCGAUAUUGGUGGUAUUGCUUACUAAAAAAUAUUUAAUCGGAGGCAUAUUUAUCAUUCCUCUACUUAAAGCACUGAAAUUUUCUAACUCGUUUGGAGAUGGGAAAUGUUACUUAAUUGUUUUCCUAUUCUAAAAUUUUCAGUGGACACAUUUUCAGCUUUUUUAGUGUUCCAUAAUAAUUAUAACUGGUCGUGUGACAGGCUUUCCUAUGAAUGUGUUAAUCAAAGCGUGCUGUGACAUUUAAGUCAGUAUGUAAGUAUUAGCAUAAGUCCUGUACUGUACCGAAAACAAUAUAAGGUCUCAUGACAAUAAGAAAAUACCAAAUUCUUGCUUCAAUACUUUUCCACGUUGUGAUUCGACAAGUCUUAAAAAUUCUCUCCGGAAUUCCAGUAAAGAUAGAUAGAUAAAUCGUUUAUUGAACCACUACUAUCACUACAUUAUAAGUUAUUGUAAAAUACUUAGUUGGUGUAUAGAAACAUUAAAAAUUACAACAGACAAUGAUUUAUAUCACCGUGCUAGAGUGUGAAGCAGUAUUCCAAUUCAAAGUAUAAAUUUGAAAUUUUCCCAUUUGAAGACGUGUCCAAAUAUGGCGUUGAAAUUAAAUUCAUAUAAUAAUAACUCAGUUUUCAUAUGUCAAUGUUACUUAGUUGAGUCGGGGCCGUAAUUGAAAUUAUUAUAAUAAAUUUCAAACGCCGUUUUUGGACAGUCCAAGGACCCAAAUAAUCAUUCGCUUUAUCUAAAUUAGAGUAAGACAAACUUAAAUAAGAACCUUAAUUAGUGAAACUGGUUUUCUUCAUAACGUUAUGAUAAAUAGUUCACUAUAAUUUUCUGGGAUAUUAUGCCAAAUUUCACAAGUUUUGUAUUGAAACAUUUAUGACACUGAAUAUGUCAAAAGAUAUUUGCCACAAGUGCCUAGGCUUAUUCUAUUCGAUUUAAGGGCUCACCUAAUUGUUUAGUUUUGACAUAUUAAUAGUCAGAAAUUAUUACAAUCAUAGAACGAUUCAAUUUAAUUAGGUUAUAGCUGUAACUAUUAUAUUAAUGGUGGUUUUUUAUAAUAAAUCAAGGGCUUACAAUUUAGAGAAAAUUCAAAAAGAAUUGGUGAGGUUACGUUUUUGAUCAUGAAUUAUAAUUGGUGUUGUAUUAAAGUUUUCUUAUAUCAUAAAGAGAAAUUAGUCGUCAGCACAUCAGAUUAUCGUAAAAAGCCAAGCUUCACCAAUGGAUUUUUAUCCAUAUUCUACUGAUAGUUUGAAAAUAUUUAACCUGAAGUGUUGCUAUCUGUACAAUUAUUAUAUAAAACGCUAUGUCUAGAGCAGAAAGAUCAGUUAGGUAUUGUGACCUAUAAUUUUAUUAGGACCCUUUCUCACUUAAAUUGCAUGUCAAUAGAAGUUACGAUUCAAUUGAAGGAGUUCGUUUGCUAAUUGUUCAGAGACGUGAUACAUUUCACAAUGACAUCCGAUCCGACCAAGUUCCAUGAUUUUGUCCAAACUUGUGCCUUUUUCAAAUCAAAAUAGCGCUUAAAUGUGAACAGUAGAUUUGAAUUUGUAAAGACAAUUACCUAAUGUCUAUUUUGUGUUUGCUUAAUUGAUUUUCUUGUGUCUUCUCUUUUUUUUAUUU